AGCUCCCAGCCAGCCAUGGAUCUCCUGGGAGCCGUCACCCUGUUCCUGGUCAUCUGCCUCUCCUGCCUCCUGCUCCUCUCCACCUGGCGGCAAAUGCAGGGCCGGGGGAAAAUGCCCCCAGGGCCCACCCCGCUGCCCCUCCUCGGGAACCUGCUGCAGGUCCAGCUCAGCGACAUGCGCAAGUCGCUGAUGAAGAUCAGUGAGCGCUACGGCCCCGUCUACACCCUCCACCUGGGACCCCGGCGGGUGGUGGUCCUGUGCGGCUACCGGGCAGUGACAGAGGCCCUGCUGGACCAGGCCGAGGACUUCGGUGGGCGUGGGAAACAAGCCACCUUCGACUGGAUCUUCCGUGGCUAUGGAGUGGCCUUCAGCAACGGGGAGAGGGCGAAGCAGCUGCGCCGGUUCUCCAUCACCACGCUGAGGAACUUCGGGGUGGGUAAGCGAGGCAUCGAGGAGCGGAUCCUGGAGGAGGCUCAUUUCCUGCUGGAAGCCUUGCGGGGCACGAAAGGUUUGCCCUUUGACCCCACCUACUUCCUGAGCCGCACGGUGUCCAACGUCAUCAGCUCCGUGGUCUUUGGGGACCGGUUUGACUACGAGGACGAGGAGUUCAUCUCCCUGCUGUACAUGAUGAAUGAGAGUUUCCGCUUCACUGCCACAGCCUGGGGGCAGCUCUACGAGAUGUUCUCGGGCACCAUGUGCUACCUGCCCGGCCCCCAGCGCGCAGCCUUCAAGCAGCUGGCAGGGCUGGAGAAGUUCAUCGAGAGGAAGGUGAAGGCGAACCAGGAGACCCUGGACCCCAGCGCCCCUCGGGAUUUCAUCGACUGCUUCCUGGUCAAAAUGCAGCAGGAAAAGGAAAAUCCUUCCUCUGAGUUCUUCCUGAAGAACAUUGUUCUGACCACGUUCAACGUCUUCUUCGCCGGUACGGAGACAGUCAGCACCACCCUGCGCUACGGCUUCCUCCUCCUGCUGAAAAACCCGGAGAUCGAAGAAAGGAUCCACGAGGAGAUCGACCGGGUUAUUGGGCGGAACCGAGCCCCGAGCAUGGAGGACCGGAGCCAGAUGCCCUACACCAACGCCGUCAUCCAUGAGUUCCAGAGGUUCUGUGACGUCAUCCCCAUGGGCCUGGCACGCCGGGUGACCAGGGACACCCAGUUCCGGGGAUACACUAUUCCCAAGGGGACGGAGGUGUACCCGAUGCUGGGAUCCGUGCUGUAUGACCCCACGCAAUUCAGCAGCCCCGACACCUUCGACCCCGGCCAUUUCUUGGAUGGGAACGGCCAGUUUAAGAAGAGCGACGCCUUCAUGCCCUUCUCAAUAGGGAAAAGGUAUUGUUUCGGGGAGAUGCUGGCACGCAUGGAGCUCUUCCUCUUCCUCACCAGCAUCCUGCAGAAGUUUCGCUUCUGCUCCCCCGUGGAGCCCAAAGACAUCGACAUCUCCCCGAAGCUGGUCGGGUUCGCCACCCUGCCCCGCAGCUACGAGAUCUGCCUGGUCCCGCGCUAGCAGCCCCACGGAUCAGACGGGAUUUCUGGGGGCAGACUUGGGGAGGGGGAAACACAAAGGAACCAGACCUUUAUUAGGUGGAGAAGUGGCACUGUCAGUAAAAGGAGCUGACGGGGGGAUCUGGCUGUGUGAAAGUGCCGCGUAGGGCUGGCUGAUAGCUUGUAUUUCCCCACUGCCAGGGAAUCCCGGCUCCCUGACACCUUCACACACACCCCUGAGCCCCGUCCUUGGCCCUGGCUGUUCCAAAAUCUAUUUCCUGAUGGGCCAGUCCCUGGCUAGGCUCGUAGCUAGCCCGUGAGCCAGAGCAGCGCGGUGCUUUGGGAUCCCGCGGAAGAACUGCUUGCUGCUCGCACUAGGAGGCCAAGUCUGAAGCCAGCGCUCUGCUCUCCUGCUGGAGUCAGCAGGGUGCAAACCGCACCUGACCGGGAGAUACUGAAUAAGCAGCAGAGCUCUGACUGCGCAGUGAGAAAUCGGUCACAUUUCGGUGUGGAAAUGUUCCAGAAAUCAGCCUCGGUGCGGAGCCGCUCUAGUGAGACCCGCAGAGGCAGCAGUCUGGGGCAGGCUGGGUAUCGGAACCGGGCGGCUCCGACCUCACGUCUGCAGGGCCGGUUUCACGGCUUCGGUCACUGCGCCGCUCUGAGCCGCUGUUCAGUUACCCCCUGGAAGCUGGCUUAGCUGCCACCCUUCAAUUAGCUAAUAAAUUGGAGUGGGUCAGACCCCACUCAUCUGCGGAGCAGUGAUUGUUGAUUGCCAAUCAGCCUCUCCCCAGAGCAGGGGUGUGACAUUAUUGAUAUAAACUGGGACCAUAUAGAACAUGGGUUGCAACCAAGGUCCUGUAGUGGCACCAAAUCCUAUGUAAAGGGGGUCAUACAAGGUGUCUAA